AUGCCAACCAUCCUCCUCCUCGGCGGCCACGGCAAGGUAGCGCUGCACAUGACGCGGCUGCUGACUGCGCGGGGUCACAAAGUGCACUCCGUGAUCCGCGACGCCUCACACGUAUCGGAGAUCGCAUCCAUCUCCCCUCUCGCAGUUCCGAUCGUGUCCAGCAUCGAGGAUGCGACCGACGCCUCCGCCGAUCGUAGCAUGGACGGCGUGCAAUGGGUCGUGUGGUCUGCCGGCGCCGGCGGGAAGGGCGCAAAGGAGCGGACUAAGGCCGUCGACGAGGAUGCGGCGAAGCGCUUCAUUGCUGCCGCGAUCCGCGCCCCGGGCGUCAGCAGGUUUUUGAUGGUCUCCGCCAGUGUGGCGAGACGGGAGAAGGCCGAGUGGUGGGAUGAAUUGGAUCUGGAGACGUAUAAAGCCGCGUGGAACGCUAUUCCCGCCUACUGCGCUGCUAAGUGUGCGGCCGAUGAGUUCCUGUGGGACGAGAGUAGGAAGGCCGAGAAGAAGGACUGUGGCUGGGAGGAUAUAUGUCUGCGUCCCGGAGCGCUGACGGAUGAACCCGCGACUGGAAAGGUCGAUCUGGGGCGUGCGAGACUGCCCGGUGGCGUUACGCGGGAGGAUGUGGCCCGCAUCGGCGUGGAGUUGUUGGAGCGCGGCACUGGGGGCACGGGGGUUUGGCUGGAUCUUGUGAAUGGCGACGAGCCCAUCGAGGAGGCGGUUGAGAGGUGUGUUGCACAGGGGGUUUCGGCGCGGGAUUGA